UCCCCGGGGGCAGGAGGGAGCCUCCCGAAGCCUCCCGCCUCUGUCCUCUCGGUAGAGCUCGCUUUAAGAGAGCUUCUUGACUUUCCUGGGAAGGUAGGGCACCUUUCCCGAUUGGGUUCGACACGACCUCCGCAGGUCUUCUGAGUGGAAAAUGGCAGAUGGUCUAACCCGGCGGGCGCCUAGGGAGUGAAGGACGAACAGUGUACGCAUGCGCAGAGGCGCAGCAUGGGGGCGGGAGCCAGCGAGCCCCUUCCCCGAGUCUGGGAAGAUCACUAUUAGGGAAGACUCUGUGCACAAGAAUGAACUCAAUGUAUGUUAUGAUGGCUCAGAUCUUAAGAUCUCAUCUGAUAAAUGCUUCACUGAUUCCUCAUCGACUGAAAAUGUUUCCAUACUUUGGUGGUAUUAGAAAUAGAAUGAUAUCCACUCAUAAAUCCAAAAAGAAGAUCAGAGAAUACUAUAAGCUGCUGAAUCUGGAAGAAGGCUGCUCUGCAGAUGAUGUCAGGGAAUCUUUCCGGAAGCUUGCCAAGCAGUAUCAUCCAGAUGGUGGCUCUGGUACUGCUGAUUCUGCAACAUUUAUAAAGAUUGAAGAAGCUUAUAGGAAGGUGCUUUCUCAUGUGACAGAAAAAACAAGUGCCAGAAAGAAUAAAGUAGAAGAAGCAGAAGAAGAGGAUCAAUUCAAAUAUAAAACACCCCAACACCGGCAUUACUUAAGUUUUGAGGGUGUUGGUUUUGGAACGCCAAGUCAACGAGAGAAGCAAUAUAGGCAAUUUAGAGCAGACCGUGCAACUGAACAGGUGAUGGAAUAUCAAAAGCAGAAACUACAAAGACAGUAUUUUGCUGAUAGUUUAACUGUUAAAGAUGUAAGACAGAGUAAAGAACAAAAAAUAACUCAAGCAAUAGAGCGUUUAGUAGAGGAUCUCAUUCAGGAAUCAAUGGCAAAAGGAGACUUUGAUAAUCUCAGUGGGAAAGGAAAACCUCUAAAAAAGUUCUCUGGCUGUUCAUACAUUGACCCCAUGACUCACAACCUGAACAGAAUUUUGAUAGAUAAUGGAUACCAGCCAGAAUGGAUCUUAAUGCAGAAGGAAAUAAAGGAUACUAUUGAGCAACUCAGAGAGGCAAUUUUAGCGUCAAGGAAAAGACUUGGGAACCCAAUGACACCAACUGAACAGAAGAAGUGGAGCCAAAUUUGUGAGCAGUUUCAAGAAGACAUCAGAAAACUAAAUAAGCGAAUUAAUGAUUUCUUUAAUUGUUCCUCUCCUGACUAGGCAGAAAGUCCAUUUUAAUGCACAAAAAGAAAUUGUCAGAGCUCAGGAAAUAUAUGAGACCCUCAUAAAAUCAAAAGAAGUCAUAGAUAAAAACCCAAGUGAUAUUGAUCAGAGAGAAGGGGAAAAAACACCUGAAGUCAAGGCAGGAUUUUUCAAUUGGAUGAAUGUGUGGAAAUUUAUUAAAAUAUGACCGUUU